CUACUUCUUCCCUGUCUGUGUCCCUCCUCCUUUCAGCCCUGUGCUGCAUUGUUGCUUGGACUCUGGUUAUGUAAACACAAGUAGUCUGUGCUGUGGAGACUUCUCUAAGCAGCUCUCUUCCAUUUUCUUGUGCUGAGCUCAUUUUCUGAGCGUUCAAUGGCACUGCUCUGCUUGCUGCUUAUCCUGGGGUCCAUUUCUCUUUCCUCAUCAUACACUCAGGACAUCCCAGCCCCUCGCUAUAAUAUCAGCUUGGAUGAUCCCCCGGAGGAGCGCUGGGAGCCAGUACUAAAGCAUUACAACUUCUCCCUCUUGAGAGAGAUUUUGGAUCAUUUCUUUGACUCUGUUGUACCUAAAUGGGUCCAUGCCAUCAUUAGGCCAUUGGCAGAGGUAGACCUGGGACUUUACAUGAAUGAACCAUAUGCUGGGGAGAUCCGAGGAAUAGCCAAGACGCUCGGUGUAAGCGCUGGAGAUGUUGUCCUUCUAAAUCUUUGCUAUGAAGCUACUGCCUUUUGCACUAGCAUAAUAGCUCAAGAUACAAAAGGAAAUAUUCAUCAUGGAAGAAAUCUGGACUACUUUUUUCCAGACCUCUUAAGGAAAUUGACAAUGGAUUUGGAUUUUAUCAGGAAUGGCCAGAUUGUAUACACAGGAACCACAUUUUUGGGCUAUGUUGGACUUUGGACUGGGCAAAGCCCUUACAAAUUUACCAUAUCUGGUGAUGCAAGAGAGCGUGGAGGUGGUUGGUGGAAGAAUGCAAUUUCUGCUUUCUUGAAGAGAUAUUCUAUGGUCAGCUGGCUAAUGCGGGAUACUCUGAAUGAUGCCACAGAUUUCCAGGCUGCUGCUUUACGACUAUCCAAGACUCCUAUUAUUGCAGAAGUUUAUUAUAUCAUGGGUGGCACCAAGCCAAAUGAGGGGGUCGUUAUUACCAGAAAUAGAGCGGGACCUGCUGAUAUUUGGCCUCUGGAUGCUUUAAGAGGAGAAUGGUUCCAUGUAGAGACAAAUUAUGAUCACUGGUUAACACCUCCUACUUCAGAUGACCGAAGAACACCUGCAAUAAAGGCCCUGAAUGCAACUGGACAGGCAAACAUCAGUGCUGACACUUUAUACAAGGUAUUGUCUGUAAAGCCAGUGUUAAAUAGUAGACACAAUGAGUAAUGAACCCAUAGAGGCUGCAAUCUAAGGGCAUAGGGAAAUAAAGCAUCACUAUAUACACAACAGUGAUGAGUGCUGCAUUUCCUGAAAAUUACAAAACUUGCAUAAGAAAAGUUUAAACAAGAUGAUAAUGAAGCUGGGAAAGGCCCACUUGUUAAAAAAUGAAAGAACAGCAUUUUUUCCAGUUUGAACUAAAGAACUAACUUAGACAGUUGUGAACCAUUUAAAUACAUUUUUAAUUUUUAAUAUACAUUUUGCUGAAAUUAUUUUUGCUAAUAAAGUAAAAAUCAAAUAUA